GGAUAACCAGACUCCAUCAGUAUCAUUUCAAAGUAGCUGGAAGAGUGUCAUCAAAAGAUGGCAAUACUAAACUCCUGCUUUCUCAAUAUUUUUCUUACGAUCGCCAUCCUUGUGACGUUCCUGCUUUUAUACGUAAAGUAUAGACGUACCUACUGGCAAAGACGAGGUGUUCCUACCCUACCUGCCCACUGGUUCUUUGGUAACGUAAAAGAUGUGAUACAAUUUAAGAAAUCUCCGUCCAUUGUGAUCGGUGAUCUACACAGUGAAGCUUCAGACAACGACGAUGUUCUUGGAAUUUACAUUUUCCACAAACCGUUCUUGUUAUUGAGAAAUGCGGAAUUAAUUAAACAGAUUUUAGUCAAGGACUUCGAUUAUUUUCCGGAUCGUUAUUUCACGGCUCAAUCGAUUCGCGAUAAAAUAGGAAGCAGUAAUCUCUUCACGAUGCACAAUCCGGAAUGGAGACAAAUGAGAACAAAAAUAUCGCCGGUGUUCAGCAGCGGGAAAAUGAAGAAACUUUUUCAUUUGAUCGGCGAAACCGCUGGUUCAAUGAUCAAAUAUUUAGAACAGCAAUUUUCACAUGACGCGAAAACGAAAACUAUUUUCGUAAGGGAUAUUGCCUUGAGAUAUACGACUGACAUUAUAUCUUCCGUCGCUUUUGGAAUUAAAGUAAAUUCGUUCGAUCCUGAAACGGUACAAUUCUUUGAAAAAGCUCAAGAAGGCACUCGAAUAACGUUUCUUCGUGCUAUCCAAUUUAGCGUUAUGUUUUUCUUUCCACAAUUUUCGAAGUGGAUUGCCGGUCAAAUGCUAGGAUCGUCUACAAAUUACUUCCGUAAAAUAUUUUGGAAUUCUAUGGAUACCAGAAAUAUGACCAAAGCUAAGCGAGGGGACUUGAUCGAUUCUUUAAUAGAUUUGAAAAAUAAAAAUGAUUUGAAGCUUGAGGGCGAUGAAUUAGUGAGUCAAGCAGCAAUCUUUUUCGUUGCUGGUCGUGAAUCAAGCGUAACAACUAUAUGCCUCACGCUUUACGAACUUGCUAAACAUCCGGAGAUCCAGAAACGAACGCGAGAAGAAAUUCACGAGAAAUUGAAGGAACAUGGAAUGACUUACGAGGCCUUCCAGAGUAUGAAAUAUCUGAAUCAAGUUAUUUCGGAAACUCUACGAAUUUAUCCUCCAGCUCCACUUAUUGACCGUAUUUGUGUGAAAGACUACAAGAUUCCAGGAACUGAGACAGUUAUAGAAAAAGGUACACCCGUCUAUGUGGCUUUAACGGGUCUCCACCGUGACCCAAGAUAUUUUUCAAAUCCACAGCAUUUUGAUCCUGACAGAUUUAGCGAUGAAAAUAAAGAUAAUAUCAAACAAUGCACGUACAUGCCUUUUGGUGAUGGACCAAGAGUUUGCGUCGGAGUACGACUCGGUCUAUUGCAAAGUAGUAUGGCUUUAAUUGCGAUACUUAAAGAUUACGAAAUUUCAUUAGAUCCCACAUGCAACGAAGAUGGCAUUGAUGUUCGUAAUGUUUUCUUGACAGUAACGGAAGACUUUAGGUUAAAUUUUACAAAACUAUAAGGAAUCUAUCGCAUUAUUGAAAAAUAUAUCUUUUCUUCUUCUUCUUCUUAUACUUCCAUAAAAAGGAACAAAAGGGAACGUCAUAAAGAAAUAAAGAAUCUAUUUAAUAAAAUAUGACAUAUGUAUUUUUUCUAUAUACAGAUA